CAAGCGUAGGACAACCCUUUCAAAAAUUCCUGCUCCAAGGCAAGCUGCUCGUGGCUAUUACAGGAUGUCUAUUACGAAUGUGGGAUCUCAGCUCGCCCUGCAGGAAGAGGGGAUGGAGGUGAAUCCCUGCACUUCUACAAAACCCAGAAAUGCUUCUACACAGAUUAGAAAUAUCUCAACACUUUGUGCUGGCCAAACCAGGGCUAGCAGGAUGAGCUCUAUGCCACAAGCCUCACUGACAAAUGGAAAUACAGAGGAUAAUCUGCCUGCUGCUAAAACAAACCCUUCAGUGAGCCCAGUUCAGCGAAGACCUAGCAUUGUGACAGCAAUGGAGAAAAGGAAAAGCAAGAGAGAAGAAAGGAGAGCUCAGAUUAAUGAAAUCAGGACAAAACGUGCACAGGAAUUUGACAACAACUGUCCAAACUGGGAGUUUGCACAGAUGAUCAAGGAGUUCAGAGCAACUUUAGAUUGCCAUCCAGUAUCUAUGUCUGACCCAAUAGAAGAACAUAGGAUCUGUGUCUGUGUGAGGAAGCGCCCUCUCAGUAGACGAGAACGCUUGAAAAACGAAUGUGAUGUGAUUACCGUUCCAAGCAAGUGUGUCCUGCUGGUGCAUGAGCCAAAGCAGAAAGUGGAUCUAACAAAAUACCUUGAAACUCAAACAUUUAGAUUUGACUUUUCCUUUGAUGAAUCCUCUUCUAAUGAAAUGGUGUACAGGUUCACUGCUAGACCUCUUGUAGAGACCAUCUUUGAGGGUGGGAAGGCAACAUGCUUUGCAUACGGCCAGACAGGCAGUGGUAAAACACAUACUAUGGGUGGAGACUUCUCUGGGAAGGCACAGAAUGCAUCAAAGGGCAUAUAUGCUUUUGCAUCACAAGAUGUCUUCAUCCUCCUAAACCAGCCCAGGUACAGGAAUCGGAACCUGGAAAUCUAUGUGACUUUCUUUGAAAUUUACAAUGGAAAGGUGUUUGACCUCUUGAAUAAGAAGGCAAAGCUUCGAGUCUUGGAGGAUGGCAAGCAGCAGGUCCAGGUUGUUGGCCUCCAAGAAAAGCAAGUUGGCUGUGCUGAGGAUGUCAUCAGAAUGAUUGAGAUGGGCAGUGCCUGCAGGACAUCUGGGCAGAGUUUUGCAAAUACUAACUCUUCACGGUCACAUGCCUGCUUCCAAAUCAUAGUACGCCAAAGAGGGAAACUGGUUGGCAAAUUUUCCUUGGUGGAUCUGGCAGGAAAUGAGAGGGGUGCAGACACUUGCAGUGCUGACUGGCAGACACGCAUGGAAGCUGCAGAAAUCAACAAGAGCUUGUUGGCUUUGAAGGAGUGUAUCCGGGCUUUGGGGCAGAACAAAUCUCAUACCCCCUUCCGGGAGAGCAAGCUGACCCAGGUGCUAAGAGACUCUUUCAUAGGAACAAACUCAAGGACCUGUAUGAUAGCAAUGAUUUCCCCAGGGAUGAGUUCAUGUGAUUACACCUUAAACACACUGAGAUAUGCUGACAGAGUGAAAGAGCUCAGCCCUCAUAAUGAAGUUAGUGAAGCACAGAAUCAGAUGGAGAUUGAAGAAAAUGAGAGCAGUGGAGAAGGCUCAGGUUUUCAAUGCAAUCUUUCCAAGGAUGAAGAGGAAGGUAUUUCUCCCCAAAUACUCAGCUUGCAUGAGGCUGUGACUCACAUUACUGAAUGUGAGGACAAGGCUGUAGAACAGCUUAGAGAACUGAGACAGAGAAUGACAACUGAACUUGACUACCUCUUGGGAACUGCAGAGAAACCAGACUAUGAUCUCAAGACCCUUGUGAGCAGAGCAAAGCACUUUGUAGAGGAGAGCUUAGAAAAAUUCCAUCAUGUCAAAGAAACCUUGGAUGCCCUGGAGGUUGCCAUGCAGCUGGAGGAGCAAGCCAGCAAGCAGAUGAACUGGCAGAGGCGUUAGGGAAUACAGCAAAGCCUGGUUCACAAGCAGACAUCUGUACGUUUUGUAUG